AUGGCGUCAGGCCCGCGCGAACGAAUGUCGGCUGGCGUGGCCUCUGAGGUGCACGCGCUUGUGGACCCCGACCAUGGGCCGGGAGCCGACUCGGGAGCCACCAAAUCUCCCCUGACUGAGAAUUUACAGUCUGCUGCAAAUCCUGAGACUCCAAACUCAACUAUCUCCAGAGAGGCCAGCACCCAGUCUUCAUCAGCUGCAACCAGCCAAGGCUAUGUUUUACCAGAAGGCAAAAUCAUGCCAAACACCAUUUUUGUUGGUGGAAUUGAUGUUAGGAUGGAUGAAACCGAAAUUAGAAGUUUCUUUGCUAGAUAUGGUUCAGUAAAAGAAGUGAAGAUAAUCACAGAUCGAACUGGUGUGUCCAAAGGCUAUGGAUUUGUUUCAUUUUAUAAUGACGUGGAUGUGCAGAAGAUAGUAGAAUCACAAAUAAAUUUCCAUGGUAAAAAGCUGAAACUGGGCCCUGCAAUCAGGAAACAAAAUUUGUGUGCCUAUCAUGUGCAGCCACGUCCUUUGGUUUUUAAUCCUCCUCCUCCACCACAGUUUCAGAGUGUCUGGAGUAAUCCAAACACUGAAGCUUACAUGCAGCCUCCAACCAUGAUGAAUCCUAUAACUCAGUAUGUUCAGGCUUAUCCUCCUUACCCAAGUUCACCAGUUCAGGUUAUCACUGGAUAUCAACUGCCUGUGUACAAUUAUCAGAUGCCGCCACAGUGGCCUGCUGGGGAACAAAGGAGUUAUGUUAUUCCUCCGGCUUAUACAGCUGUUAACUACCACUGUAAUGAAGUUGAUCCAGGAGCUGAAGUUUUGCAGAGUGAAUGCUCAGUUCAUGAAGCUGCUCCAUCCUCUGGAAAUGGCCCACAAAAGAAAUCUGUGGACCGAAGCAUACAGACAGUGGUAUCUUGUCUGUUUAAUCCAGAGAACAGACUGAGAAACUCCCUUGUUACUCAAGAUGACUACUUCAAGGAUAAAAGAGUUCAUCACUUUAGAAGAAGUCGAGCAGUGCUUAAGUCUGUUUGAUCCUCUCUCCUAACUUUCUAGUCCCAUGGGAAAUUGCAGGUUUUGAGUAAUAAGAAGGGACUGAAAGUUUUUCCGCUAUUAUAGAAAUUUAAAUCUGAAUUUUGAUAAAUCACACUCAGACUUUCUAUACAAGUUAGAUUACCUAGUUUUAUUUUACAUUGAAGCUAUUUUUCAUUAGAUGUUUACUUAGAAACUGGUUCUGUGUUGAAUAUGUAGUUAAAAGUAAAAAAUAAUUGAUACUGAAAAGAAUAACUUUAAGAUUUAUCUGUAAGGAUUUUUUAAAUAGACUUUUUAAGAGUUUAAAAGCAAAUACUGAUUUUCAAAAAUAUUGUUUUAGAGAACCUGUUUUGAAAGGUCAGAAUUUUGAUAGUUUAAAUAUAAGCAUUUCAUUUCUCCAGGCACCUAUGAACAGUACAGUAUCUACAAUAUUGUGCUUUACAUUUAUGAUUAGUUUUGAAAUUUACCACAAAAGCAGAGUUUUUUAAACUGCAAUUUUAAUCAGUGGAACUCAGUAUAUAGUUAGCUUUAUUGAUGUUUCUUUGUCUAAACCCAGUAAAACAUAUUCCAAACAGUCCAAUCAGUGGGUCUUACAUUUAUUCAAAAUGUUUUAUCUUUUAUCUAGAAUCCACACAUAUAGAGAUAACCGAUUGGGAUGGUAAUUAGGAUAACUAAAAUUCUGGGCCUCAUUUUUUUUUAAAGAAUCCAAAACAAACUAAACUUUACUAGGUACAUAAGCUUCUUGGUGAGUUUCCAUUCUCCUUUUUUUUUUCUUUUUUUUUUCAUGAAAUGCUAAACUCGAUGGCGGAAUCUUAAAUUGUGCAAAAUAUUCGUAUUGAGGAAGGCUGAAACUUUUUUUAUGUCACUUGAAAGUUAAUCAGAGUAUCUGAAAGGAAUUGUUUUUCUAAAAACAUUAAAAUAUUAGUUAUUUGUUAAAGAACAGGUAAAAUUUUUACUUUUGUUUUUUAACCUAUUAUAUAUAUUUUUUUUAAGUAAAAUAUGUCCAGGAGAGUGAAAGUAAUUUUAGCAUUUCUAAACCACAAAUGUUUAGUAAUAAGUGUAUCCCCAAAAUAUACUUGAGUUAGAGUUAACAAUCCAUUUCUAGAUUAGGUAGGCUCCUUGUUAGAUGUUGUAAAUCGUGAUGAGCAGUAGAAGUGCCAGAGCCCCUUUGCUGACCCACAGUCUUGGUUUUCUAGUCUGUAGCACCAUUCUUCCAGGAGGUUUGCUUCUAGAACAGGUGAUGUAAAGAAGAGAAGUAGCAGUAUAAGCAGUUUGAGGGCAGUCAAGACUUGGGCAGGUAGGGAAACAUUUGUGUCAGCAUCAUUUGACCUGUUGGGGACAUGAGUUCAAAGUGGCUUUCUGGCUUUUCUUUCACUGGCCAGCCCCUUCACUAAAACAUGUAGACUCCAAUUUAUCCCUAUCUUAAUGAAGUUCCAGGGACCAUAUCAUCAGUGCCCAUUGUUAUCUCAUAAUUCCUAAUAAUUUUCAUUCUGAAUCUGAAGGGAAGAGUCUUUUAACUUAAGGAUUCCCAAGAAGGCUUUCUUAUGCCUUAGAAUGUAAAAGUGCCCUAAAAUUUGUCCUUUUUAAAAUUCUCUAUACUUUUUUUUGUGCGUGCUAUAACAUUCUUACAUGUAUUAUUCUGUGAUUAAAUCUCUGGGUUACUAUAAAUGAUACCUAAAUUCUAAAGAGCCAGUUCUAAUUAUCCCAAUAUGACUUUAUGAAAAGGGAGGGAAUAAAUUUCGUCUGCUGUUUUGUUGGACUGAUUUAAAAGAGUAAGGUAGAAGAGACAAGAUCCUGAACCUUUCAGAAUGGAGAAUUAAUUUUAAACUUAAAAGUUUGUUCCCAUUACUAUACUGAUACUGUCUUUGAAUAAAUGAAUAAAUAAAGAAA